AUGAGAGAAAGAAGCCAAGAAAGAAGCUUUCAGGAAAUUCAUCCAGCAAAAGCUAGAAGAAUAGCUAGAAAGAAAACUGAGACUUCAACUGAGUCCUCAAAGGAGAUCAAAGACGGAGGAAACUUCACCAGAGGCAAUAAGUGCAUGAAAACAACUACUAAAAAUUCCAUGACUCUGGAUUUGUUGGCAGGAAAGCAUAAUAGUAAAAGAGAGAAUAAGAAGUCACCUUCUGAUUCUCCUUCCUUUCAAGUUCAAAGUUGUGCAAAUACCAAAGCCGGAGGAGCUCAACAAAUACAUGUCCUUGACCUCCAUUCAGUUCAACGACCUUCUGGAAAAAUGAAGUUGCAGCUCUUUCCUUUGGAUGUUCAUACACGUCAAGGACUAGAAAAGGAUGGCUUUCACCUAUAUUUGGAACUCACUCUUAGCUCACGGAAGAAGGUUUCUUUAGUGCUUCAACACAUCCACACAGUAAGUGGAUCAGCUCACAGAUCGCUCGAGGAGAUCCCACCGUGUACGGAAAUAAUCAAUCGAGACUCCCUUCUGGUCCUAAAUGGACAGCAAAGAGCAGUAUUACGAUAA